CAGAAUAUAAAGAAGACAAUUCUUCAUGCCUUGGCAAUUUCCUUCUUCUCAAUCAGUCAUCAUCUCGAAGGAGCUACCAAAACCGGUCGUUCAGUGACCUCAUUACAGCUCAGCCAAGACAUCCGCUUGUUCUUUGCUGUUUAGCGGUCGAUCGUCGCCCCAAUCCUUCUGGAAAGAGCGACAUCAUCAUUUCUGUUUACCUCAUUCGCCCCUUGAACCUCAUCAUAGAAGGUCAACCCCGUGAUCUUCUGUCGUUGUUGCCCCCGUCACAGCCUCCGAAUCUAGAGGAGAAGGCACGCCUUGUGGAUCCUUGCAAUUACCCCCGUCAUCAAUUCAGUCUUACUUACCCUUCCUCAAUUCGGAUUUCGGGUAUUAAACCUUGGAACUGCCCACUUCGGACUGUUCCAUCUUGUUACAUCCCCAAACUCAAACUCACGACUUUUUUUGUUUCUCGUCGGUUUGGCAUCUUCUAAUCCGAAAUCUUUUGGUCUUCGCUUGACUCUGGUUUCCAAUUCACAAUCGACACUUCUUUGUUUCAUCUAGCCUACACCUACCUGCAUCCUUUCGUCAUACCAAGACAGCUUGGCCCACAAUGAGACCAGACUUCGCAGUCGUGCUAUUCGCCCUCAUCACAUCAACGGUCGCGUCGGCCGUCAAUGUACCCCGUCACAUAAAGCGCAUCGAGUCUGAACCCAGCGCUGAUGAGCACGAGCUUUACAAGCGUCGUGGCGGCGGUGGUGGUGGAGGACGCGGAGGUUCCAGCGGCGGAGGUUCAAGAGGAUCAUCUGGCAGUGGCAGCAGAGGUUCAUCAGGCAGCGGUGGCUCCGGCGGCGGCGGUUCUCGCGGUGUCGGUCCUCAGCCCAGCUUCGCAGGCGGUCGAUACUACCCCGGUGGUUCAUCACGACCUUACAAGUCCGGCGGUUCAAGUCCCGGAAGAAUUGCGCCCUACGCUCUAGGUGGUGCUGCUCUGGCAUUCUGGCCUGGCGUUUGGCUCUACGGUGCAUAUAUGUAUCCUUACUCGCAUCCCUACCAUUAUCACAACGACACCAGCGAUGAGGACGAAGAGCGUGAUGUCCUCUGCGGAUGCUCGCGAUACGAGUACUGCGCAUGCGACGACAACAACAGCACCCAAUACUUCGACGAACUCAUCGGAAACGGAAGCUACGACGCACUCAACAAGUCCAUCGUCAAUGUCGCAGAGGUCAACGGCACAAUGACAAUCCUCAUCAACGGAACUCUGCCUAACGACACAGCCCUUCCUGACGAGAAUGCAUCAGACAAUGGAGCAGUAUCAAGACGACAUUACCCCUCCCUGGAGAAAAUGGGCUGGGUAGGUAUACUCUCCAUCGUCUUGACAACAGUCCUUUAUGUCUAG